CCUUGGACCACUUACAUAACUGUGUACAUACAUACCGUCGACCCCUCUCACUCCCGGCCAAACGUCGAGUUUCUCUCAAACACGUUAGCUUGUAGUUGACAAGGGGCCUGGUGCUUGCUCGAGAUGGAUUCUGAUCCCCUCGUCUUGCCUAUGUGCACAAUUCAGCCUGACUUCUUGUCCGUAAUAUCCGACGUUCACCAAGGUCUUACACCGGAGGACACAUUUUGGCUCUCGUGCUACAAAUCUGGAGAGCCGUCUGUCCACGGGAAAGUGUACGCUACUCUCGACGACCUCAAUCGGGACUUGGUACGCUUCGAGGGAAGAGAUGGUGUGGAACUCCUCCGCAGUGGAGAGGCACUGUACUCAGCGUCUUGUUCUCCGUUGCACAUACCACCUACAAGACUCGCUGUGCCCACGAAGACGUAUUCAGAGCAUGAGGGGCGUAAAGCCUUGAAGAUCACAGCCUUUGACGUCUCCCCAGAUGGAUCUCAGUUCGCGACGGGACAUAUGGAUGGUUCGAUUCACAUUUCCCAAACAUCGCAGUCUCGACCUACCAAUUCAUGCAGACCACAUGUCAGCACGGUCACCUCUCUCCGCUUCUUCCCGUCUUCCCGCGUGCUCCUGACCUCCUCCGUCGACUUCUCCCUCGCCAUCUUACCUGCAGCGCCACCAGAGGAGCCCUCCGCUACACAAGGGCCUAUCAUGCCGGUACGGCGUUUCCGUGGACACACGCGCGGCAUCACUUCGACGGCGAUCGUAUCAAAAGGACGCAACCUGCUCUCCGCCGCGAGGGAUGGCACGGUUCGCCUCUGGGACGUCCCCUCGGAGUCGCAGAUACGGAUGAUGGGCUCAGCCAACGGCAACAAUGUGCCCGUCCUCGCGAUCAGUGUUGGCGAGGGGUCGCUUCAGGCUGACGGUACCGCCGCUGAUGAGGCAGGCACCGACCCGCGUGAGGUCGACACGGAAGACAAGCUCGUCUUUGCUGCGCUGCAGGAUGGCACGUUCGAGGCGUUUGACUUGCGGACGAAGCUCAGUGUAUUCCGCUCGCAGGCUCAACCAGCGCGGGGGAAGAGCGUACUGCAGGCGAUCGCGUAUGCGCCUACGGAGGACCUUGUCGCCACGGGCUCGACGAACGGGAUCGUCGCGGUGUACGAUACGCGUGCGCUCGCGACACCAUUGACCACGUUCAAGCGCAAUACGGCGUCCGUCGAAGAUCUCACGUUUGUGCCGCUUGACGCCUCGUCGUUCGCCACAGACGCCAGAGCUCUGGAUGGGUCGGGCAUCGGGUUGGCCGUUGCGACGGAGGAUGGGCUGCCGUACAUCGCAGAUGUACGGCCGGAGGGACCUGGCGUACGUGCCGAACUUGUGGGGCCGGAUUGUGAAGCUGUGCGCGCUGUUUGUGUCGUGCAAACACAGGAGCCGGAAGUGUGGACGGCAGCGGAUGAUGGCGCAGUUCGGCGUUAUCGGGUGAGGGGUGUGUAGGUCGACGACAUUGUACAGUGCGAAUCAGAAACAAAGAGUGUAUUCUAGUCGGUGAAUGUUGUGCAUGUACGUUGUGUAUGCUUUCAGCGGUCUUCGUUGCCCGGCCGGCCUGCUACGCGCUCCGACCUGCCGGGGUCAGACGUAGAUGAGGGUUUUAUCUUUGGACCUUGUCGGCGCGAUUUGCUGUCGUAUGAUCUAGCAUUGAGAGGGUUGCAAGAAGUCUGUUUG